GAAGCAUGUGGAUUUGAAUACACUUCAAAAUUACAACGUAUGUUCACAGAUAUGGGCUUAAGUAAAGAUCUUAACGAUCAAUUUAAAGAACGAAAUUCGGCAGAAUCUAACGAACAAGUCGACUUUACUGUCCUCGUGUUGGGAACCGCGUCCUGGCCACUUCAACCUUCGACCACAAACUUUAAUAUACCCGAAGAGGGCGAACUGAAAGCAAACUACUGUAAAUCAUCAAAAACGGGUUACACGUUCCAGGUUUCUACCUACCAAAUGGGUAUACUCUUACAAUAUAACAAAGACACUUCAUAUACGUUUGAAGACCUAAAACAAAGUACAGAUCUGAGCCCGGAUGUUUUAACGGGUUCUUUGAGUACUUUAGUUAAAGCCAAAGUUCUCAAUAUUAUCAAUGGUGAAACCAUUGGAGAACAAGGAUCACGUUAUGAUCUGAAUAUAGACUUUAAGAGCAAGAAAGUUCGUAUUCAAUUGAAUGUCCCCGUUAAAUCUGAACAAAAAGUCGAAGUGGAAGAAACUCAUAAAACUGUUGAAGAAGAUAGAAAGUUACUAAUGCAGGCCGCUAUCGUUCGUAUCAUGAAAACUCGUAAAACGUUGAAGCAUGUCGUUUUAGUACAAGAAGUAAUUGCCCAAUUGUCGAAUCGAUUCAAGCCUAAGAUUCCCGAUAUCAAGAAAUGUAUCGAUGUUUUGUUAGAGAAAGAGUACAUUGAACGUGUAGAAGGUCAAAAGGAUACAUUUUCAUAU